AGGAAGAUGAGAGGCUGAAUCACAGGGACAGAGAGCUGGAGUGUGUGAGAGGCUUUGUGCUUAAUGUGUGCUUCUAAAGAGAAUGAAUGAUGAGGACUACAUUUCCACUUUCAGGAUUUUUAACAGGAUUUUACUUCCUCUAAGUCAGCACUUUCAUACUGGAUUGUUUUCCUGUUAUCAAGCUCCGUCUGCAACCUCAACUGCUCUGUGGUCCAUAAUAGUGGAAAUGCCGCUGCUUGUCUCACAACGCCUGAGGUCUUGCCACAGGGAAGACUUCCGCCUGUCAUCUUCACUCAAGUAUAGUGUCCCAGUCCAGGACAUGGUUUCCUGAGGGGCCCUGCAACCUACACAUUUCGAGGGGUAUAACCGGUCUAUCCUGGGCCAUGACUGCUCUGCUUCCCAACAUCACUGUUCCCGGAAGUACAGCAGUUCUGCUGCCGACUACAGACAGUCUGUUUAACCUGACUGCAGCUGCUCAGGCAGGACUCGGUUCAGGCCAGUCACUGGCCCCUCUGUGCACCCUGUGUUGCUGUGGAUUUCUAAAUCGUACUUUGGCAGUGGUGUUCAUGGUCAGCCUGGCAUUUGCCAUCGUGGUUGGAAAUGUGAUCACCCUUACUGUCUUUGUGCAAACAAGACAGUCCCGAACACCACAGGGAUACCUGAAAGUGUCUCUGGCCAUAGCAGACAUGAUGGUCGGUGUCCUCGUGGUCCCUUUCUCCGUCUACACUGAGAUUUCUCUGAUGGUGACCAGCUCACCUCCCAUUUGGUACCAGGGUAGUUCUACUUCCCCAGCCACCUCCACUUCUUUCGGGGGACUGGUGAGUCCUUGGCAGCCCUGCAUGCUGAUUGGCCCUGUGUUUGCUGGAUGCACCUUUGUCUCCAUCAGCACCAUCUUCCUCAUGACACUGGAGCGAAGCGUGGCCAUCCUGUGGCCACUCCACAAGGACGCCUUGGUGACCCGGAGACGAACUCUGCUUCUCAUCCUGCUCUCCUGGGCUGCCAGCUUCCUGCUGGCUCUUGCACCCCUCAUCUUCAGCAGCAACUUCACUUUGGAGUACAAUGAGUGCAGUCGUAUGUGUAACUACUCCCCACUAUUGUUCGGAAGCCAGCUGCCACCUGAUGCCAACAUUUUGCUGUUAUUCCCAGCAUUUGACUUCACACUGCUUGGUGGCACAUUAGCAGUAAACAUUGUGUCUUUCACUAGCAUCCGACAGUACUCCCGAAAACGCAAACUGCUCUCAGAGGGGAGUCUGAGUGACGCAGGGGGAGGAGGGGCAGGGUGCUCUCACAGGCCCUCCUUUUCAGACAUCAAAGCUGCCAAGACAAUUGGCAUACUUACAUUCGCCUUCACAGCAUCCUUCUCUCCCAUAGCAGUGUUUGUGCUCGGAAACGUGGUGGGAUACACCUGGUGUAACUUUUCCUUUUUUGCCUUCUGGAUCCUGACAGGAAACAGUUGCUGUAAUGUAAUUAUCUACAGUGUUAGGGACCAUCGCUUCAGGAAGGGUGUGAGCCUGCUCUUUCAGCGAGACAACUCCCUUCCACAUGGCGAGAAGUCCUGAGGGACAAUCUGGCCUAUCAGCACCUCUAAAGCUCACUGAUCAACGCUUUCUAUGUUACAUGAGGUUGUGUGCCGCACUAUUUCUUGGCUGUAAAACUACAACUUUUCGUUUUAGGUUGACUUGUUAACACUUGGGUUUUUGUACAGAUUAAACAAACAGGAUGUACUGUGCUAAUUAAUGAGUUUUAGAUGUUGGUAGGUUGUUGGUAGGCAUAUUCUGUUACCUUUAAACAGAGCCAGGCUAGCUUGACCCUGUUUCCAGUUAUCAUUCACAGUAUCAUCGUUCACAGUACAUCCAUGUGAGUGAUAUCAAUCUUCUCAUUUAACUCUUGGCAAGAAAGUACAUUUCCCAAACUGUCAAACUAUUCCUUUAAUUCAAAUGUAAACAAAUGUAAACUUUUUUUGUAAAGAGAUUUACAAAAAAAGGUCAUUCAAACAUAAAACAAAUGCAAUUCUUUGCUACUGAGCAGUCCGAUCGCACCAAUUCACGUGAAUUCAGUCAAUCACCAUGAAAUUGGUGUGACUUGCAAUUUUGACCAAUCACCGCAACUUUUCCGCAAAUUUUACCAAUAACCAGAGUUUCCCGCGACUCCAACCAAUCACAGCAGUCCAAAGUGUCAGACUUUGUAUCAGUAUGUGACUCUGAGAGCCAAUGACCAAGCGGGAGUGAGAACGGGUUGACGUCACACGUACGUCACCAAAUUAAUUUCCUUGUUUCUGAUAUGAAGACGAGACGUGUGUGACUCGAACAUCUCACAUUUACCAACAAUACAUACAGCGAAAGACCACGCAAAAUAUUUCAGACCGUCCUACCAACCUGUAUACAUUUUAACAUCAAUGUACGCUGUAAAGGUUUUUCACUUUAAAGUCGCUGAAAGCUGCUGCAAUUUCAAUCCUGUCGGCUCUCUGCAUCGGGUGGGGCUGCUCAGUUUCCCCCGCGACUGACGCGCGCACACCGUGCAGAUCCACCUGGCCGUGCGACGCUUCUGUCGCACCACACUCCACUUUAUUCCAAUGGGUGACGUCACGCAAAGCAUCCCGGGGAAGGCGGGGCUGCAUUUGAAAAAAUGCGCGUCAAAAAGCUGGCUGAUGCUCAUCUUUAUGCAAAUUAAUCCAUUGAACGCGACGCGACUAUCCAAUGAAAGCACAAGGUUGUAGGUCCUUUGUUGUACCACAACGGUGCCUGUGAAACUUUGGUUCCGCUUACAAGACAAUUUAUUGUUUUAACGAUCUCUUCCAUGACCACCUAGUAGUCCAGAAAACAAACGAAACUAGGAUUUGUAGAAAGAUAUUGAGUGUUGGUGUUUCUGAUGAGGAUUUGAGAUUGCAUUGAGUAAUAAAACAAGAUUUCGAAAUGGCUUGCAAUGUUUGUAUAGGCUAUUAAUAUUUUCUUAUACUGUUAAAUGCAUUCCUAAAAUGGUUGUACAUUUGUGAGAAACACUUAACACUUAAGUUAAAACAAACUGACUAUGAGCCGCAAACUGACAUUUUAAAUGAAACACCCAAACACGUCUGAACGAGGGGAGGCAUCGCGACACCACACUUCAGUCGUGUCGCAAAAGUGGAUCCACAGCGACACACAAACACACAUGGUGGAUGUAGGAAAAAAUGCUGUUUUAUGCUUCUGCGUUGAAUCGACAGCGUUCCCCCGCAGACCCCUCUGCGUCACUGCGAACCCCUCUCCGAGCCCUAAAGGCUGUUUUAGGCUACAGGAUGACCUAAAUUGAGGACAGCAAUUAACUAACAAUGUAAAGAUCA